AUGCCGGUCCUUGUCUCCCAGCCCAGCUCUCCUCCUCCCUACCUGCUUCUGACUCUACUACUGGGACUCACAGGAGUGGCGAGUCAGAAUGGGGAACUGCAGGUGAUCCAACCAGAGAAGUCCGUGACCUUCACAGCGGGAGAGACGGCCACUCUGCACUGCCAUGUGAUUUCGAACCAGAGGGGGCCGCCUGCCACAUGGUACAAGGAUACUGAGAAGGGCCGGAAAUUAAUCUACAACUUCCAAGGAGGUCACUUUCCCCGAGUGACAAACGCUUCGGAUGUCACAAAGAAAGGCAACGUAGACUUCUCCAUCCACAUCCAUAACAUCACACUCGCAGAUGCCGGCACCUACAUUUGCAUGAAGUUCCACGUACGGCCUCCUUUAAUCUUUGAGCCAAAGUUAGGACAAGGCACCCUGGUCACUGUGAGAGUUCCACCCACCCUAGAGAUUUAUGAAUUCCCUGAAGCAGAGAACCAGGUGAACCUCACCUGCCAGGUAAAGAAGUUCUACCCCCGGAACCUACAGCUGACCUGGCUGGAGAACGGAAACGUGUCCCUGACAGAAACGACCUCCCUCCUCCUAGAGAACAAGGACGGGACCUUUAACCAAACCAGCUGGCUCCUGGUGAACUCCUCUGCCCACCAGGAGAACGUGGUGUUCACCUGCCAGGUGGAGCACGAUGGGCAGCCGGCACUCACCAUAUCACACACCCUGGAGUUGUCUGUGCCUGCCAAACCUUCUCAUCCAGAGGUCUUAAACCCUACAAAGAGGGUCCCACGUGGGCAUACAGUGAACUUCACCUGCAAGUCCGAUGGCUUUUUCCCCAGAGACAUCAGUCUGCGGUGGUUCAAAAAUAGGAACACACUCUCGGCCUCCCAUACUAUUGUGGAACUACAGAGGGAGAGCACCUCCUACAGCAUCUCCAGCACAGCCAGGGUGCCACUGACCUCAGGGGGCGUGCACUCCCAGGUAAUCUGUGAGGUCACCCACGUCCUCCUGCGUGGGGGCCCUCCUCUCCGAGCGAUGGUCAGCUUGUCUGAGAUCAUCCGAGUUCCACCCACGCUGGAGGUCUCCCUGUUCCCUGCAGUGGGCAACCAGGUGAACCUCACCUGCCAAGUGAAGAAGUUCUACCCCCAGAACCUACAGCUGACCUGGCUGGAGAAUGGAAACAUGUCCCGGGCAGAAAUGGUCUCCCUCCUCCUAGAGAACAAGGACAGGACCUUUAAUCGGACCGGCUGGCUCCUGGUAAACUACUCUGCCAGUAAGAACAUGGCUUUCACCUGCCAGGUGGAACACGAUAGGCAGCCAGUGCUCACCAAAUCACACACCCUGAGCUCAAAUGAACAACCUGGUAAGGGUACAAAACUACUGAUCUAG